UGCCGAAGCGUUCUCAAAUUCUUCAGUCUCCAAUCCAUUCCCGCACCAUUACAGAGUUCCCACGCUUUUCAUUUUCUAGUUACAUUCUCCCUCUAACCAAACAACCAUAUCUUUUUCUCUCCCUUCUUAGAUCUUCCAUUGAACCAAAACAUGUCGUCUCUGCUUCUGUACCUUCUGCUCAACCUUCCUCUUCUACUCUUCCUCUCCCCCAUUCUUGCUUCUCCAUCAGAGCUUGACAUUCUCAUGGCCAUCAAAUACUCACUCGACCCACAGAACCGAUUUCUGACCUCAUGGACUCCACAUGCCGACCCAUGUAGCGGCGCUUUCGAAGGCGUAGCAUGCAACGAGCAAGGCCACGUCGCCAAUAUUUCGCUCCAAGGAAAGGGUCUCUCCGGCAGCCUUCCGGCAGCCGUGGGUGAACUCAAGAACUUGACGGGUCUCUAUCUGCACUUCAAUGCUCUGAGUGGGACGAUACCCAAGGAGAUUGCGAAUUUGAGUAGCCUAAACGAUUUGUAUCUCAACGUCAAUAAUCUCUACGGCGACAUCCCUCGUGAGAUUGGAAAUAUGUCUAAUCUCCAAGUUUUGCAGCUUUGUUAUAACAAAUUUACUGGGAGUAUUCCCACCGAAUUGGGAAAUCUGGAGAGACUUAAUGUUUUUGCUCUGCAAUAUAAUCAGUUGAGUGGUGCAAUUCCUGCUAGUUUGGGUCAAUUGCAGUCACUAACGAGGUUGGAUCUGAGCUUUAAUAACCUUUUUGGUCCUAUUCCAGUGAGACUAGCUGACGCGCUCAAACUAGAAAGCCUUGAUAUUCAAAACAAUUCUCUCUCAGGCAAUGUCCCUGCAGGUCUUAGAAGACUGCAAGGCGGUUUCCGGUACAUCAACAACCCUGGCUUAUGUGGGAUUGAAUUUACCAAUUUAGUUGCUUGUAAAUCUUUAUUUGACCCUAGUAAGCCUGAACCAUUUGAACCUGAUAACUUUUCCACAAAGGGUCUUCCAGCAUCAGUUGAACCAAAGGAUGAAAAGUGCAGUGACGAAAGCCACUGUAAAAAUUCAUGGCAAUAUUCAAAAAUGGCUUUGGUUUUUGGAGUGAUCGGAAUUAUUGUUGCUUCCACAGUUUCUGGACUUUCCAUGUUUGUGUGGUACCGUCGUCAGAAACAGAAAAUCGGAGGCACUAUUGAUGCUUCUGAUAGGCACAUUAGCAGGAAAAAUGCAGCUCCUUUGAUCAGUUUAGAAUAUUCUAAUGGAUGGGAUCCAUUAGCCAAAGGUAGAAAUACUUAUUCCCAGGAAAUUCUAGAGAGCUUUAUGUUCAACCUAGAGGAGGUAGAACGUGCCACUCAGUGCUUCUCUGAGGUGAAUUUGUUAGGGAAGAAUAAUUUGUCAGGAAUUUACAGGGGAAUUUUGAGAGAUGGUUCAGUCGUGGUUGUAAAAUGCAUCAACAACACAAGCUGCAAGUCUGAUGAAACUGAGUUCUUGAAGGGAUUGAAGAUAUUGACCUCAUUAAAACAUGAAAAUCUCGUUCGCUUGAGAGGGUUUUGCUGUUCUAAAGGCAGGGGAGAGUGCUUUCUUGUUUAUGAUUUUGCCCCAAAUGGGAGUUUGUCUCAGUAUUUGGAUCUCAAGAAAGGUGAUACUAAGAUUCUGGAAUGGUCUACCAGAGUAUCCAUCAUCCAUGGUAUUGCUAGAGGUAUUAGUUAUCUGCAUGGAAAGAGAGGAAGAAAACAGGCUCUAGUUCACCAGAAUAUAUCAGCUGGAAACGUGCUUCUUGAUGCACAUUACAAUUCAUUACUCGCAGAUUCAGGAUUGCUCAAGCUCCUUGCUGACGAUGUUGUCUUCUCCACCCUUAAAGCUUCUGCUGCCAUGGGAUACCUUGCUCCAGAAUACACCACAACCGGUUGUGUAACCCUAAAGAGUGAUAUAUAUGCUUUCGGGGUGCUAGUUUUCCAGCUUCUUACAGGAAAAAGCGAUGUUACUCAGUUAUAUCAUUACCGGGCAGAAGCAUCUGGUUAUAAUGAUAUGGUUGAUGUAAACCUUGAAGGGAGAUUCUCAGAAUCAGAGGCAGCUAAACUGGGGAACAUUGCUCUACUUUGCACACAUGAAUCGCCCCAUGAACGACCAUCUAUGGACCAUGUAAUGCAAGAACUAUCUGAGAAGUGAAAACACUGACGGUUCACCACAUUAAGAAUGAAAAUCUUGCCUCGUCUUUGAAGUAGAAGAUUAGAUGGAACGAAUGUAAAAUAUUAUCUGUAAUAUCAUAUCCUGUGAUGUAAAGUUUUCCAAAAUAUCUGUAUAACUGUAGAACAUAAAGUGUUCAAAGGAAACCCCUUUCCUGUAAAAUGGAUGCUUGCUUUUUGGGUUCCUGAUAUGAAUUGUGAUAUAUCGAAUGUCUAAGCUGUUCUGUAAAUGAGUUCUUCUUGUAA